GAAAAGAAAGUUUUCCUGAGGCUCGGGGAGAAAUCCAGCUAUUUUAAGGAAAACACGCCACUCACUGCUCUGAGCUGCAGCCCAGAAAGCUCGGGCUUUAUUUCCACCGCGCUGCUCUUUUCUCUUCUCUUCUCUUUUUUUCCUCCACUUGUUGCUCGAUUUUUCUUUUAAUUCAAAAUAAAUUCACGCUUCUUCCUGCUGUGGAAACGUCAGCGAGGCUGCGUGACACUGCGUGACACUGCGGACUCUGUCUCCAUGCGUGGACAGAUGUCAGGACGGUGUCUGGUAGAGGACGCAGCCCGCAGCUACAGUGAGAGAGCGCGCGCACACACAAGCGUCAGCUCGGGGAGGGCGAAGGCUGUUUAAAAUGCAGUGGAUGUGACAGCGCGAGUCCAGACGAUAGCGGCGCGUGGACGUGGAGAGGUGAGCGUGACAGUGACAGUGAAGGUGCUGCUGCUGGGAGAGGCGGGCGUGAAGAUGCCAGCGGAACCAGCAGCGCACACGCGGACGUGACGCCUGUAAACACACACACAGAGGGAGACACGCGGGAGGAGCUGGUGCGUGGACCGAGGCACGGGACGGCGGGGGGGUGAAGAUGACAGUGGUGCCCGGCGAGAACCUGGAUGAGACUGUGGCACUGGCCGCGCUGUGCGCGCACGAUGCCUGCUACGACCCGGAGCGAGCCGAGGUGAACCAGGAGUGCUGCGAGCGCGUGGUCAUCAACAUCUCCGGGCUGCGCUUCGAGACGCAGCUCAAGACGCUCGCGCAGUUCCCGUGCACGCUGCUGGGCGACCCGCGCAAGAGGAUGCGCUUCUUUGACCCGCUCCGGAACGAGUACUUCUUCGACAGGAACAGACCCAGCUUCGAUGCCGUCCUCUACUACUACCAGUCCGGGGGUCGCCUCCGCAGACCCGUCAACGUCCCCGUGGACAUUUUCAUGGAGGAGAUUAAAUUUUACGAACUUGGCGAGGACGUGAUUGAGAAUUUCAAGGAGGACGAAGGUUUCAUUAAGGAGGAGGAGCGACCGCUGCCCGAGAGCGAGUUCCAGCGGCAGGUAUGGCUCCUGUUCGAGUACCCGGAGAGUUCUGGUCCCGCCAGAGGCAUCGCCAUCGUCUCCGUGCUCGUCAUCCUCAUCUCCAUCGUCAUCUUCUGCAUGGAGACUUUACCGGAGUUCAGAGAGGAGUCGAGGACGUUUGAUGAUCAGCAGCAGCAGCAGCAGCAGCUGCAGCUGUUGGCCGUGAACGGAACCGCGCGCGCAAAGAAGCCGAACCCCUUCACGGACCCGUUCUUCAUCGUGGAGACGCUGUGCAUCAUCUGGUUCUCCUUCGAGCUUCUCGUGCGCUUCCUCGCGUGCCCGAGCAAGCCCGCGUUCUUCAAGAACAUCAUGAACACCAUCGACAUCGUGGCCAUCAUGCCGUACUUCAUCACGCUGGGUCUGGAGCUGGCGGAGCAUCAGGGGAACGGGCAGCAGGCCAUGUCGCUGGCCAUCCUCAGGGUCAUCCGCCUGGUGCGGGUCUUCCGCAUCUUCAAACUCUCCAGACACUCCAAAGGUCUGCAGAUCCUCGGGAAGACGCUGCAGGCGAGCAUGCGGGAGCUGGGCCUCCUCAUCUUCUUCCUCUUCAUCGGCGUCAUCCUCUUCUCCAGCGCGGUCUACUUCGCGGAGACCGACGACCCGGAGUCCACGUUCAGCAGCAUCCCGGACGCCUUCUGGUGGGCGGUGGUUUCCAUGACGACCGUGGGAUACGGGGACAUGUGUCCGGUCACCAUCGGCGGGAAGAUCGUGGGCUCGCUGUGCGCCAUCGCCGGCGUCCUGACCAUCGCGCUCCCGGUGCCGGUCAUCGUCUCCAACUUCAACUACUUCUACCACCGCGAGACGGAGCACGAGGAGCAGCUGCAGUACACGCACGUGACGUGCGGCCAGCACCCCACGUCCUUCGGGGAGUUUAAGCGCAGCGACAGCAAACCGUCCCUGUGCAAGUCGGACUUCGUGGACAGCGAGGACGCGGAGUCCAUCAAGUUCACCAACUGCAGCCCGCACAAGGCGCAGUGCGCCGGGAAGCUGACGGACGUGUGAGCCGGUACACGGAGCCACGCACGCGCGUCCGAGGGAAUUAAACCUCUUUCUUUUCUCUCUCUCUCUCUCUCUCUCUGUAUGUGCGCGUGACAUCGUCAGCUCCACUCUGAGCUUCUGUUUUUGUGACAUCGCAGGGAAAUAAAUCACAUUAUCAGCGCAGAGGAGAAGCUGGAUUAUCACAGAGUCCAGACCCGGGACUGUCUUCCUUUACGCACGUGCAUCUCCUGUGAUCCAGGGGGGAAACAAAGGAAGACGCUGGUCAGCCUGUAGCCAAGUGUAGCACUUUAUUCUUCUUCUUAUUAUUGUUCUUUUAUUCUCCUGGUGAAGAGUCACUGAUUGAUUUUAGGCUUGGGUUCCGUUCACUUUUUUAAAACCUGGACCUUUUUUUCAGUUUUGAGUCAGAAUGAGACAAAGAAAGAUGGAUGUUUUCUAACAGGAAACAAUUAAAAAAAAUGUUAACCUCUCACUCUCUCACACCAAAUCCCAUAGAGAAAAUCAGUGAUUUUAGCUCAUGGGGACACAGGAGCUCCUGGUCUACUGCUGCCCCCUGUGGUCACUUUGUGUCACUGAAAUAAAUCAAAACAAAACAUUUAGAAAUGCUGAACUCACCAAAGGACACAUUUGAACGCACAGACGGAGGCAGAAGUGGAUCGACAGGACGUGGACACUGCUGUGUCUCCACAGGCUAAAAAAGGACGAUUUUCUCUAUGGGCUUUGGUGCAGGAGAGCGAGCAGUUUACCAACGUCAGGUUUUCUGACGGGAAAGUCCGUGUGACAGCGAGACAAAGAUGUGAAACAUGUUCUUAACACAUAAUGGACAUAAUGGAGCUGAGGUAGAUUCACUUAUAUUGUUAGAUGGAGAACCGUGAGUCUCAGCCCGGUUUCAUGUCAUUAAAACACGGACCAUUUAAAGGUCAGAGGUCAGUGCCCGGCUCUACUCUGCUGUAGGUUAAAAGUUUACACACGCACACACACACACACACACAGAGCUGGAUAUCCUUUCACUUUCACCUCAGACUCUCAACUCUGUCCUUCACACACACACACACACACACACAGUGACACCAACAGAGGCUUUUCCCAGGCCAGGAGUGCCCCCGUGUGGACGACAGGAGACACCGCAGCCCUUUUUUUUUUUUUUUUUUUCCAGUGGAUGGAUGCAGUUUCUAUAGCAACCUUCCAGACUUUUCUGUAUCUCUGCCUGAAAAAAAAGAGAGAAAAAACACUGUUGGAGAAAAAACCACCAUGUUGUGGAGGAGCCUCCAUGUUGUUUGAUUUCAGUGGCAAGAGGAUUCACUGUGAUUCAUGACACGCACACACACACACACACACACACACACACACACACACACGUGCAGCAAAUUUAAAUUCUGAUAAUUAUUACAAUAAUUUAACAUUUAGGGUUUGAAAACAACAACAAUUAUCUAUCUAAUCUAUUUCACAUAUAAAAAGAUUAAAGAACCAAAUUCAAGAAAAAUGUAGUUUUCUUUUUUUAAAAAGAAAAAUUAAUAUUAAUAGGAUUUAAUGAUUAUAUGCCAAUAAAAUACAGAAAUGGCUCAUUUUAAACAGCAAAACCUGCUAUAAACAAAAACAACAAUUAACCAAUUAAAUCCUAUAAAAAAUAGAACAAAUAGCGACAAAGAUUUCUUAAUUUGCUAAAUGUUUUUCCUAAAAAAAAUAAGAUCACGUUAAAACAAAGAAUAAACAAAACAAAAAAAGUGACUUUUGAUUUUUUUUUCUUAAAAGUUAGGAUUGAUUGAGAGCAGGCACAAAAAAAUAACCACAUUUUAAAUUUUACAACCAAAAUAGAAAUUUACUCGUUCAAAUUUGAUAAUAGUAAAGUAAAAGAUUUCAAUAACAAACACAUUAUUAAUUAAUGAGUUUUAGUCUUAGUUCAGCUGAUACAAACGUCACAUAUUUUAUAAAUGUUCAGACUUUUUUGAUCAGAGAUUUUAUUUAAAAAUAUCCACUGCACAAAAACAAACACACAAACAAACAACAACAGGUGACUCCUCCUCCUCCUCCUCCUCCUCCUCCUCCUUCUGUAGACGAAAUCAUUUCAACAAAAAAGGGGGAAUUUUCUCACAAACUGAUGGAAUAAAUAAGAACAAACAAAAACCGACAGACGUUUGUACUGUGAAGGUCAGAGGUCACGACCCCCGUCACUGGAUUAUAAUCUGCUGAGUCAUCGAAAGCCAGACGGACAGAGGAACGGAGGGCGGGUCCAAACUGAGGAGACGAAUCCCUGACUUCCCUGCUGCAGAACUCCUCCUCCUCCUCCUCCUCUUCAUCUUCCCUCUUGUGAUGAAGGUGAAGCAAAACAGUCACGCCAGGACUUCCCGACUGAUCUUUCUUUGUUUUUUUUUACUCUGAAGUACGACAAAAUCUUACUUGAAUCAUCGUGAAGCUACGUGUGUUUGCGCUAACCCGGUCGUCCGAGCACCCGCGAGACGUAGACGUCACAGUAGAGAAACGUACGUGCGUCCUUGUCUGUGUGUGUCGUAUACUGUAUCUUUAUCACAAACCAAAAACAUGAUGUUAGUACACGCUCGGAGGGUGCAGCCUGUGAACCGAAGAAAACCAGUUUGGCUUCUGUGUCGACCGCGCAAUCCAGCUCAAUCCAGCUCAGCACUGCUAAUCUGAAAUAUGGGAACAACAACAAUGCAUUUAUUCAAUAAUUCUGUUCAAAUGGUUAGUCGCUAAAUCUCUAUUUUUUAAAGUAUCAUAGUGUAUAUGUUUUAUAUGGAGAGAAAUUGGUUUAUCUUGUAAAUUAUUUUGUAGAUUUUUUUACUAUUUUUUUUUCUUUCAUUAUUAAGGGAAAUCAAACACACAGCGCUAACAACGCUAACGUCUGCCUGACAAAAGCAACAGGAAACAAAGGUUUGCCCGUAAAAACAAACAAAAACAAAAAGGAAUGUCUGUCGUUAACAUCAUAUUAAUAAUAAGUAAAAAUAUUCUGAAUGUUUCGGAUUGUGUGCGUCGAUCAGAAUGCUGUAAUAUCUGUUAAUAACAUCUACCUCAGUGUCCGCUCAUUAUUGACAGAAGCUUUAAAAAAAACAAACCUUAAAAACAUCGCUCGGUCCAUUCACGACGUUUUUGAAGCUCAAAUAAAUCUAUAAACUGCCACUAAACAAACAAGAAAAGUAAAAAAAUAAAAUAAUAUAUGUACAUAUAUAUAUAUGUAUAAAUAUAUAUUAAGGCAUAUAAACUUGGGUUUUAUAUGUGUUGCACAUUUUUAUUAUUAACUUAUUUUUUGAAGUGAGUGUGAUUGAAUGUCAGUGGUUAUUGAAUUGAUUGUUGGUUUAAGGACAAUUUGGCGAAUUUAAUUUCCUGUCAAGUCACUAACUUUGCUCAUCCAACAUAGAAACAUCCACGGCUGUGUUUCACCGAGCUCAGUGCAAAGAGUUAGGAGGACACUGCUAGCCAAGUUAGCACCAUUGAAAGUGAAAAAAUAUAAUGCUUAAGCUCGCUCCCAAGAUCCUAAACAUUGAGUGUGAAGAGGCAGUUGUGUGAAAACAAACAGAAAAUCUGGGUUUAAAUGCAGUUAGCUUGGUACAGUUUAGCUAAAUGGGAAAACAAUAAACGACCUAAAAGCUAACGAAACAGCUAGCAAGAUCUUCCGUAUGUUAUUUUAUAUUUUUUUAACACUAACGGCUAUAAAAUCCCCGAGAGUUAUCGUUCAUGUUCAUGUUUGUCCAUGUUAGCACACAGUUGAGUGCAGGGAAUGCUAACCUACACUAUAUGGACAGCAUUUGGACACCUGAGGGACUGUGAUGGCGUAAUGAGCUAAUGUUGUCAAUGUCCACAGAAACCCGCUAGGACUGCGCUCUGCACAGAAUAGAGCAAUGAUAGAAACGGCUAACAAUUCUGUAAGAUCUGCAGUUUUCACUCUGACAAACAACCGUCACUGACAAGUUUAGAUCUUGGGGUAGAAGGAAGUUGCCAAUAGUAAGAGGUGAAUAGUAAAUGUAAGAGGUGCUACAUUAUGCUACGUUAAAGCUUCCAAACUGUAAAUCUAGAGCUCAAUACGAAUGGAACAAGAUUUAGCAGCAGUUAGCAUCAGAGAUAUUUGUUUCCAACUAUACUAGCAUGUCAUAUGUUGCUAACUUACACAAAUGGAGCCCGCAGACAGUCUUUCUGCUAAGCUACGGUAAGCUAAUUACAUCCUUCUCUGUUUUGAAUGGACGUUAAAAUUAAACUGAGCCACAUUUCUGUCAGAUUUUGGAGAAGAGAAACACAAAACAGUCACAGGGGGUGCUGGUGAGCUGCCACUAGAUAUUAGCUAUUACGCAUUCUGUGUGUGCAUCAAUAACAAUAAUGAAAAUAAUAAUAAUAAUAAUAAUAAUAACAAUAAUAAUAACAACAACAAUAAUAAUAAUAAAACAAAUCUCCUCCAUCACGACACAUUCAUCGUUACCACACAUUUUCAUAUUUCUUCAUCAGCUGAUUUUCACCAAAUACUAAGAAAAAGCAAUAGUGUGUUUGUUUCCUGUUUAUUUUUUUUAUUAUUAUUUCCAGUAAUUGUUCACUGUCAUGUUUAUUUUGACAACUGUGAUCUAUUUUUGAUAAAAAUAAAUCUUUGAUUUCGAUCUCCGCAUGUGUCCUCAUGACUGCACGUGCAGCCGUGUCACCUUCUGUUUUCUGUUUUUUUGUUUCCAUGGAACAUAAAUGUUACCGUGAACAUUUUAACAUAGAAUAGAGUUACUUUACAACAUGUUACGGACUAAAAUUAUAUCUUAGUACUCAGAAUUUCAAAAAUCAAAAACGAGAAAUAUAUGUAAGUUACCAUACCAUUUACUGGAAUAUUUAUUAUUAUUAUAUUUAUUUCCACCCUUACAUACAUGGAAUUGUAAUUGUAUGGUGGCCUGGAAGUGCAAACCAUAAUUACAGAGAGUAAUACACUUUUACAGAGCUUGAGACAAAGUCAUAUUUUUUGAAAACAAAUUCAAAAAAUGGGAAUCAAAUUUACAUUUCUAGAAAAUAAAGUUUGUUUGUGAAUUUGUUUUUGAAAAUACUAAUUUGUUUCAAGCUCAGUGUUAGUGUUUCCGACUUGUUUGUGGCAGUUCCAGGCCACCGUACAAUUGGCUUUGGUGAUUUGAUGCACAACAAGUAGCAAUUAAAUAAAAGUGACGGAUAAAUAACUAUGAAAGCAACAUGUACUGUACAAGACUGAGCACACAAUUUCAAUUUAGGACAAUAAUUUAAAUAAUUUAAAUUUAAAUUGACCCAAUAGAAGUUUUUGGGGGUCAGUUUUUAGCCCCUCCCACUUUCAAUUUGCGAGGACCAUGCACCGAACCAAUUUCAGACAUAAAUUUUCACCAGGUCUGAUGCGGUCGCACCUUGUGCUCGGACCCUAAUGAUGCCCUUAAACAGAGGUUUUCAACUUAAAAAGCAUGGGAAUUUGUUUUGUUCCCCUGUUUCCACUCGUAUCGCUUAGUAAAAACAUUUGAAGGUUGUGUUUGUGUUCGUGUGAAAAAGCUCCGUCCCGUAUGUAAAAAACUGCAAAUUCACCGCAGACAUAAAAAAACCAGCAGAGUUCAUUUCUUUAAGAAGCAAUAACGCAUGGGAAAAAAUAAA